CGUGUACAGUCGCAGUGUACAGUCGUCUGCUUGGAACCGCCGACAUCACCAACACCGUAUCAGUUUGAAACGUCAGCCUUUAGAAUCUCUGUCAUUCAAGGGCCUUGCCAAGAAUCUUAUCCCGACGAUACGUCUACUUAGACAGCAAAUCUUCACUUCUUCGACCUUGGAAGAAAGGUAAGUGUGCGUAGCGCGUUUUCUUUCCAGCCCCAGUUGGGUGCAACCGGUGGAGGGAAGAGGAGUGUUGUCAAGCACCUGCCCAGGGCAUCCGUAGAUUUGCAAUGAGUGCUGCUCAGAAACCCCAAAUUGUCUUUGUGCUUGGAGCACCAGGCUCAGGCAAGGGAACAGUCUGCAAAAAUAUAGUUGACAAUUACAAGUUCGUACAUCUAUCAGCUGGAGAUCUUCUCCGUGAAGAGCAGAAUACCGAGGGGUCUGAGCAUGGUGAUCUUAUUAAAGAAUACAUUAAGCUUGGCAAAAUCGUUCCUGUUGAAAUUACCUGUGGGCUCCUUAAAAGGGCCAUUGAAAAAUCAGGGUCUUCACAUUUCCUAGUUGAUGGUUUUCCAAGAAACCAGAACAAUCUGGAUGGCUGGGAAAAGGUUAUGUCUGAAUGUGUUGAUGUGAAAUUUGUUCUUUUCUUGGAUUGCACUGAAGAGGUGUGCACUCAAAGAUGUCUGAACCGUGGUGCCCAAGGAAGUGGACGUACCGAUGACAAUCUUGACUCACUGAAGAAAAGAUUCAACACUUACAGCAAUGAGACCAUGCCCAUCAUCAAACACUAUGAUGGGAAGAGUAUGGUGAGGAGGGUCGAUUCUGACCGAACACUACCAGAGAUCUUUGAAGACAUCAAGAAAAUUUUCACCCCAUUGGUUUCUGAAAGCUAAAACCUGUUGCACCUUGCUCUGUAUGCAUGCUGAAGAUGUAUGCAGGGAAGAUUCCCUAAAACUUUGGUGUUUAGUUUUAUGAUCAAUAACUUAAUAAUGAAAUAGCACCUCUUGAGCAUAAUAAUUGUCCAAUUUAACAAUCACCAUUAUUGUGGAUGAGUGAAAUCCCUCCACAAUUGAUUAGUCGAAAUGGGAAAGGCAGUAUUUAUCAUAAAUAGGUGAUUUUAGUACAAGUUUAAAAUUCAGUUUUUUCCAGAUAGAUCAUGAUUCAUGUCAUUCCAAGAUUUAAGUACCUCAGUUUAGAUAGGUUUUUUUCUUCUUCUUUUUUUAGUAGAUCUUGUCUAUAUCUCUUGUAGUCACACUACGUAAUUAAUCUUUGACCAGCCAUCCACCCAAGCAAUUUGUAUCCUUCAAUUGUUACCUACUUAUUGUUAUUUCAUCAUUGCAGCUCAUGUAAUAUUGUAGUUCCAUCUUCCUGUUGCACGCCACUCGAACCAAAUCCUACUAUCUAUCUACAACCGGUAGAACUAGUAGUUAAGUGAUGGCAGUUUAUCAAAUGUUCAGGAAACAAAUGAAAUUAUUAUCAAUAUUUUUAUUUUCUCUGUACCUUGAUGUUGCAAAGCAAGUCAUUGAAAAAAUGGAGAAUCAAACUCCUUGUCUUGCAAAGUUUGUAAUUACGUUUUGAGUUAAUCAACUUUUCUUUUGUAUCAUUUUAGAAGUUUUUAAUGUAAAUUUGUAAGAAUAUUUUCAUAGGAAAGAAAACCAAGUCAUUUUAUUUGAUAAUAUUUAUCAAGUUCUGACUUUUCCAGUCUUGUUGUACCCUGUAGCCAAAGUUUGUGCAAGGAUGGUAAAUAUAUCAUUCACUUCAAUAAAAGAAAAGUACAUUUAA